GACAUGCCUGCACCGCCUGCACCGACCCGCCGAGGCUCCGGGAAGCAGAGGGGACCGCGCACAUCAUGAUCCGAGACCCGAUCGCAAUAUAGACCCACAUCCUCAACUCCAGCUGUCGUCUGAAGGAAGGCAUCAUGAUUCCUGUGAUGGAAUUUCGGCAGUUCUCUGAACAGCAGCCGGCGUUCAGAGUCCUGAAGCCGUGGUGGGACGUGUUCACCGACUACCUGUCCGUCAUCAUGCUCAUGAUCGGUGUGUUUGGAUGCACUCUGCAGGUUAUGCAAGACAAAAUCAUCUGCCUUCCUCAGAGAGUAUCGGUGCCUUCGGAAAACACAAGUGAAGUGGAAGUGACACUGUUACACCUGCAGGCCAACAUUUCGGCCGUGCCAAGAGAAAUGACAGGCCUUAAAACCGAUCUGGAUCUUCAACAGUACAGUUUCAUCAAUCAGAUGUGUUAUGAGAAGGCUCUGCACUGGUAUGCCAAGUACUUCCCUUAUUUGGUUCUCAUACACACUCUGAUUUUCAUGGUGUGCAGCAACUUCUGGUUCAAAUUCCCCGGCUCCAGCUCUAAAAUAGAGCAUUUUAUCUCCAUGCUCGGCAAGUGCUUCGACUCCCCCUGGACCACACGAGCUCUGUCAGAGGUGUCGGGAGAAAAUCCCGAAGAAAAGGACCAUAAAAAGAGCGCUACUUCGAGGUCUAACAUCACUGUGUCUCCCGGAGAAGGAAGUUUGGAGAAGACGCAGUCCCUCCGGUCUAUCCCGGAAAAGAUCGUCGUUGAGAAGCCAUCAGCAAGUGUUCUCGAUAAAAAAGAGGGCGAACAAGCUAAAGCUCUUUUUGAGAAGGUGAAGAAGUUUCGUUUGCAUGUUGAGGAGGGAGACAUUCUUUAUCUCAUGUACGUUCGGCAGACAGUGUUCAAGGUGUUUAAAUUCCUCCUGAUCAUCGGCUAUAACAGCUCUCUCGUGAAUAAAGUGCGGAACAGAGUGCGUUGCGAAGUUGAGAUCCAGGACAUGACCGGCUACAAAGACUUUGAGUGUAAUCACACGAUGGCUCACCUGUUCUCGAAGCUUUCUUACUGCUACCUGUGUUUAGUUGCCGUCUACGGUUUAACAAGCCUUUACACCUCUUACUGGCUGUUUUACCGCUCACUGAAGGAAUACUCCUUUGAGUAUGUGCGACAGGAAACGGGCAUCAACGACAUCCCAGACGUCAAGAACGACUUUGCGUUCAUGCUACACAUGAUCGAUCAGUAUGACCCGCUUUAUUCAAAACGAUUCGCAGUUUUUCUCUCCGAGGUCAGUGAGAACAAACUAAAGCAGCUGAACCUCAACCACGAGUGGACUCCGGAGAAACUGCGUCAGAGGCUGCAGAUGAACGGCAACAACAGACUCGAGCUCCAGCUGUUCAUGCUCCCGGGGUUACCGGACACCGUCUUUGAGCUGACAGAGCUGCAGUCACUCAAGCUAGAGAUCAUCAACAAUGUCACCAUCCCUGCCUCCAUCUCUCAGCUGGAGGACCUUCAGGAGCUAUCGCUUUACCAGUGCUCUCUAAAGCUGCACACAACCGCUACCUCCUUCCUCAAAGACAACCUGAAAGUGCUUCGUGUGAAAUUCGAUGAUAACAGGGAGCUUCCGAACUGGAUGUACGGGCUGCGAAACUUAGAGGAGCUCUAUCUCACCGGGUCUCUCAGCCCUGACGCCUCCAAAAAUAUAGUUCUUGAGUCACUACGGGAGAUGAAAUGCUUAAAAACGCUCUCCCUCAAGAGCAAUUUGACCAAGAUACCCCAGUCUAUAGUUGAUGUUUCCAGUCAUCUGCAGCGCCUGUACUUACACAACGAUGGCACUAAGCUGGUGAUGCUCAACAACCUGAAGAAGAUGACCAACCUGAUUGAGCUGGAGCUUGUACGUUGUGAUCUGGAACGUAUCCCGCAUGCAAUCUUCAGCCUAACGAAUCUGCAAGAGCUUGACCUGAAAGAAAACAACCUCCGCUCAAUCGAGGAGAUCAUCAGCUUCCAGCACCUUCGAAAACUCACUUGCCUCAAACUUUGGUACAACGGCAUUAUGUACAUCCCGGAGCACAUCAAGAAGCUCGGCAGCCUGGAGCGCCUCUACUUCAGCCACAACAAAAUCGAGAUAUUGCCUUCGCACCUGUUUUUGUGCAACAAGCUGCGCUACCUGGACCUGUCCAACAACGACAUCCGGUUCAUCCCUCCGGAAAUCGGAGUCCUUCAGAGUCUACAGUAUUUCUCCGUCACCUGCAACAAAAUCGAAAAUCUACCAGAUGAACUAUUCUUUUGCAAAAAGCUCAAAACGCUAAAGCUCGGCAAGAACUCGCUGUCCAUACUCUCGCCAAAAAUUUCCUACCUAGCUCUACUGACAUACUUGGACCUCAAAUGCAACCACUUUGAGGUUCUCCCACAGGAGCUCGGUUGCUGUCGUGCUCUGAAGCGCAGUGGCCUUAUUGUGGAAGAGACACUGUUUGAAACUCUGCCUUCGGACGUCAGGGACCAAAUGAAGGCCGAGUGAGCCGCCUUAUUGUAGCCACAGUGCCUGCUGUUUGCUCUGUCUACCAAUGCAGAGCACUUGUUUUGUAUGAACUCAUUAACAUAUUUAAGUAUUACACUACUGUUAAGAAAGUUAUUUUUACACUUUCCUUGAUGGAAGGAAGAUUACUACUCAUAAACUGUCACAUUAAGUGUGGCUGCAACAGGGGUGCCUGUUUUGUUGUUUAUUGACACAUUAAAAGCAGCACUGCAUGUUUCUGUAAACCAUGAAUACUUUACAUUUUAAU